AUGAACACGAAUGAAGGCCUGAAUGUUCAUCAUUACGGCGAGAUGGCAUCCUUGUCAUCAUCUUUGCUGACCAGUACGAUUUAUAUUGCAUGUGUUGCUAAUACUAAUUCUUCUUCGUUAUCAUCAAGAAAUUGUUCUCAAAGCGAUGAGCCUUGUGAUUCCUUGGCGCGAGCGUGGUUGGUGCUUGAUGAAGAAAUUCAAAAUUUGAAAAAACAAACCAAUCAAACAAGCGGAUGGAUUUCAAUAGUACUCAAAUUUUACAAUGCGUCAUGCUUGUCGGAUGAUGAUUGGAAUUUUAAAAAAUUGAAAACACCUGUCUACGAUGAUUGGAAGUAUUCUUUGACUUUUGUUGGGCUUGACAAUUAUAAUGUCUCAUUCUCUAUGAUUAGCUUGGGAGAUUUCAGAAAGGAUUUCAUGGAAGCAAAAUAUGUGAAUAUUCAGUUUAAUGAUGUUUCAUUGAUGCUAUUUCAACGAUUUAAUAGUGUAUCAAAUUGCUCAUUUACUAGCUCAAAAAUUGAGAUACCACAGCCUACUGGAAUGGUUGAUGUAACUUUUAGCAAUUUUACUAACUGCGACUUUCAUUCACUGACUUCGAUUGUUUUUGAUCCAUCAUCUGUGAGUGAUGAUACCCUUCAGAUAAGAAAUACCACCAUUGUUGAUUCUACAUUUAAUUUUCAAGUUGGACGAUGUGUUCUUUUUGAAGCUCAUAUAUUUCAAUCCUUGGUGACAGUUCAGGCACAAUUUACCUUGCGGUCAUCCUAUCUCAAGGAUAGUUCCAUUAGAUGUGCACAUUCUAAGGAAUGCAUCUUUUUCGACGCCCUAUGGGAAAACUCAGUAUUGCACAGUGAUUUCUCUUCAUCAGUUUUCAUCUCCCACCUUAAAGCAAGAAAUGCCCCAUAUUUUGUAAAGAUGAUUGCCGUUACUUCUGUUUAUAUGUCCGGUGUAGAUAUACAAAAUAUGACAUCCACAGAUGACGAAGCCAUCUACUUGUCCGUGUGCACAUCAGCAACAAUAGCAGAUCUUUCACUUCGAAAUACCAAUCAUGACGGAAUUGUUUUUUCACAAGUUCAAGUGUCCACUUUUUCCAAAAUGACGUUGGAGAAUAUUAAGGGAACAGCAAUGCGAUUUCUUUUCGGAUUGAAGCUUUUUACAGCCAGUUGUUCGAUACAUAUCUCAUCCUGCUCGGUCCGUAACACUAUAUCCAACAAGGGAGCAGCAAUAUAUCUCGAAGGUUCACCAUCAAAACCUCCAAAUGCCCACAUUCAGAAUUGCCAUUUUGAAAAUAACACGGUGUCUGAAUCAGGAGGAGCAAUCUUUGGAACGAACGUGAUUUUGAGAAUGAUCCAUUGUGCUUUCAUCAACAAUCACGUUACUUCUCCUGGUUUCAUAGGAGGUGGAGCAAUUUCCUUGCUAUCUUACUCCAACGCAGUGGAGAAGUAUCCUUUACAAGUCUCGAAUGUGUUGUUUGUAAAUAACUCAGCAAAGGGUUGGGGAGGAGCAAUGUUCAUUGAGGGUAAACUUGUUGGAGAGAUGAAUGCAACAUGUGUAAAUAACAAUGCACAAGUAGGAGGUUGUGUGUUUGUAAAUAGCGAACAAUCCAUCUUGAAAAUUAAUUUGAAAGGAACUAGUACAAGCUACAAUUAUGGAAAUUUAAUUGCAGCUAUACCUAUUAUGAACAACAUUACACUUUUUGUACAAGACAAUUUGAGUUCAGUAUAUCCAGGACAAACGUUUGAUAUGAAGCUUGCUUUUUGGGACUAUUUUGGGCAGCAGGUGGAUUGGUUCGAAGAAAUGCCAACUCUUAUCGCGUCCUCUCAACAUGUUGAACUAUUCUAUUCCACAUCUAUCUCGAAUCAUUUAGUUCAUUUCAACAAUGUCUAUUUCAAAAGUCCAAUGAAUCACAGCGAGAGUACAUUUUCUGUUUCUUUGGACGUUGUAGUGAAACGACAAGGUACCACUCUCAAAGCUCCCUUGUUGAAAUCUUUAGCACUCACUUCAUGUUACUCUUCACAAACGAUUGAGGUCAGCGUUGACAAUUUAUAUUUUGUGUGCAAGCCUGUUAACACUUUAGUUCUUGCUUUGGCUAUUUCAAUGUCCAUACUUACCUUCUUUCUAGGAUUGUUAUUUGGAGCACUGAUUUUAUAUGGAAUUAUUGUGGUAAUCAAGAAGAUUCGCCUGUUAAAUAAGAAACAGAAAGCAGAAAGGGAGGUCUCAAAUAAUUCGCAUGGUAGUAGAGGCCAAUCCGAGAAUGUUCAACAAGAACGAUCAUAUUUGAUAUCUGCUCAAGAGAUUGUCAUUGUUAAACGAAUAGGAGAAGGAGCUAAUGGAGUGGUUUAUCUAGCUAAAUGGAACAACACCCAGGUGGCCAUCAAGUCGUUGAAAACAGACACUUGUUCAACGAGCUCAAUUGAGAGAGAUAACACAAAUAUAGUAGAAUUGGAAGAGUUUAUUGAUUCUAGCGUGCAUGAGUUUGAAAAAGAAGCCAUGAUUAUGAGUAGUCUAAGGCACCCUAAUAUUGUUUUUUUUUAUGGCAUUAUUGUUUCAGAAGAACGUAAAUUUAUGGUUGUAGAAUUCAUGAAUGGUGGAAGUUUAGAGUCUCUAAUUGGAAAAUUGAAAACUGGAAGACGAAUGUUAAAUUUAAUUCAAAAAGUUUCUAUCCUUUGUGAUAUUGCAAAUGGAAUGCACUAUUUGCAUAGUUUAAAACCUAAAUUAAUUUUACACCGAGAUUUAAAGCCUGGAAACAUCUUGCUUGAUGAUAGAGACAGAUGUAAAGUUUGUGAUUUCGGACUAGCCAAGAUGAUGGGACAAACGUUUAACUCAGCACUGACAAAUAAUAUUGGAACUUUGUUUUACAUGGCACCUGAGUGCUUUGUGGACGACAAUUUAUCACCAACUUGGUCAGACGAAACUGAUAAUCUACGCCUGACGAAAUUAGAUGUUUAUAGUUUUGGAAUUAUCAUGUAUGAGUUGCUAUUUGAAGAAACUCCCUAUAACAUGACGUCAGAAAAACUAGAUUACUUUUCUGAAAAUGAACCUUCUUCGACCAUGCACAAUUCGUUGGCGUUCUUACCACAAUUUCUUUACAAACAACUGAGACCCAAGAUUCCAUUUAAAGACGCAAAUCAGGAAUAUGAAUGGUGCAAACAAUUCGUUUACAAAGACCCAUCCAUGCUUAGCUUAAAAGAAACUGUUUGUGUAUUCAACAAGUUGGUGGAGUUGAUGAAGCAAGCAUGGGAUCAAAAUCCACACAAUCGACCUUCGUUUCAGACAAUUUCACAAAUGUUGCAAAAUAUUUUGGAUGAGAAAUAG